AUGUAUUCCUUCGACAAGGAUGUCAUCGAGCCGCUUCUAAGAAUAGCCGAGGCCGAUUCAGAAGCAACCAGAAGCAACCGUGUGCCAACUAUAGUGCUGUACAAUCCGUCAAUAAGGCUCCACAGCACCGAUACCACAACGUCAACAGAGCUAGAGGUCAAAGCUGCCAAGACUCGCCAAACAAGAUUCGCUGGCAAGUCCUGA